GAUGCAGUUCGACCAUGGACCAACCGCAGGUCAGUUGCGGUUCCACCAUGGUCCAACCACAACUCACUUAUGGUUGGUCCAUGGUGUAACCACAGGUCACUUGUGGUUGGCACCAUGGUUCAACUGCAGGUCAGAUGCGGUUCAACCAUGGUCCAACUGCAGGUCAAUUACGGUUGCACCAACUGCAAGUGACCUGCAGUUGGACCAUGGUUAAACCGCAAGUGACCUACGGUUGGACUAUGGCCGAACCGCAUCUGAGUCGCGGUUUCCUUUUUUGGUUUUUUUAGUGAACGUUUUUAACUCAUCGGAGUCGCUAUUCAUGAUUUAGACGUCCUACCGACGAUAUCGGCUCUAGAAUGACAAUGAUGGAUUUUUUUCUACUUGAAUAGUGUUUUUUUAGUCUAAAUAGUGUUUGUUUGCUAAAGAGAAGGUAAAUAAGCUAAGUGGUUAAAAGUGUAACUUUAAUAUAUAUAUAUAUUUAAAAUUUUAAUAUUUUUCAGAGGACUUUUAGCAAUUUGUUUAGCAACUCCUUAUUUUUUCCCCGCAAAAUGAAAAUACGUGAAUAAAAUAAUAAAUAGCCCUCUUAAGUCUCAAGUCUUAUCCUCCCCCACCGUUCUCUCUCUGCAAGAAAGCGAGACAGACAAAAGGCUCUCUCUCUUUCUAUUUUCCAUCUAAGUUUCCUCUCUCUUCGAUCGAGGGAAAAACCUCGCUCGCCGGUAGAAAUCGAGAAAAGAGGCUAGAAGAGAACCCCGAAGAUGUCGUCGGCGGCGAUUAGGAAGAUUACUCUGAAGAGCUCCGACGGUGAGACUUUCGAGGUCGACGAGGCGGUGGCGCUGGAGUCUCAGACCAUCAAGCACAUGAUCGAGGACGACUGCGCCGACAACGGAAUCCCGCUUCCGAACGUCACCAGCAAGAUCCUCUCCAAGGUCAUCGAGUACUGCAAGAAGCACGUCGAGGCCGCCGCUUCCAAGACCGAGGAACGCCCUACCUCCGCUGACGAUGAUCUCAAGACCUGGGACGCCGAUUUCGUCAAGGUCGACCAGGCCACUCUCUUCGACCUGAUCCUGGCUGCAAACUAUCUCAACAUCAAGAGCUUGCUGGACCUAACUUGCCAGACUGUGGCAGACAUGAUCAAGGGCAAAACUCCAGAGGAAAUCCGCAAGACCUUCAACAUCAAGAACGACUUCACGCCAGAGGAAGAAGAGGAAGUUCGUAGAGAGAACCAAUGGGCCUUCGAGUGAUGCCUUUAACAGCUCUUUCUCCAGAAUGUCUAUGUUUUUUCAAUCUGUGUUUCCAGCUUUCAGUCUCGCUAUCCUGGUUUUCUCCAUGAUCAGACAAUCAUCCCCUCCAGACAUCUCCUAAUCUAUGUGAACUUGUGAUAUAACUCUGUCUCUCUGUCUCCCUCUUUGUUUCCCUAAUUAGUAUGAUAUGACUAUCCGAUUAUCUGUUAUGGCAUUGCUACAUAUUUAGUUUCCUUUUUGCUAAAGAAUCUGUCUUUCCUAGCUAUCCGCUUAUCCUUGCCCUCCAUGAACACACAGUCGUCCCCUCCAGACAUCUCUUAGUCUAUCUGAACUUUGUGAUACAACUCUCUCUAUCUUUCCUUACUUGCGCCGGUAUGACUAUCCAUUUAUGUGUUUACCCUUGCUACGUGUUCAGUUUCCUGCUUGCUAAAGAAUCUGUAUUUCCUAGCUAUGGCUUCUAGCUACUCCAUGUUGAUUGUUCAUACAGGAACCAGUUACAACCGAGAUUCUUGUUAGUGGUAGUUUCUUUGUGUUCUUGAUUCAUGUUCUUUGCCAGGGAACCUGCAUGGUAGCUUUUGAUGUAGAAGGUCUUGUAUUGUAUGGGUUAGAUCAUGUAGUGGUUAUUAAGCUGCUUUGGUUUAAUCACAUUAUUAUAUUAUGGUUUUGGUAAGGGCUUGUUAUUGGAUUUCCUGUUGUAUUUAUACAUAGGUUAAGGAAAACUUAUUUUCGCUUGUGAUGGGUUACAUCAUUAGAAGUAUAAGGAGAGCUUACAAAGUGUUGUAAGUUCAACUGGUUCCCUACUCCUGCUGCAUUCAACUACUUGUUUCGUUGCUUACUACAUAUGGGGUCCCGACUUUGAACUUUGAGCUACUUCGUGUAACGGCCUUGAUACUAGUCGUGCUGCAGCCAAGUAGCCAUGGUAGCAUAGGAAGUUUGAGAGUCCGAAAUUGUGGUAUCGUAAACGAGUCCUGGUUCUAAUGGUCUGGUAGAUCUCGUCUCUCCAGCGGGCACGACAUGGAAGUCCCCAAGAGCACACUGUAGAGCGAUGACUCUUUACUGUCUGGAUCAUUGCCCGUCUUGGUAGUUUGUACAUUGACUCUCGGCGGGAACGAUGAUACAAGGUAACACCCGAAGCUGCAUUUUCCUAAACCAUUGGCAAUUUGACCUUGGUCCUGAUAUGAGGAUUGGCCACCUGCAAAUCAAACCAUCGCAGUAAAAAAAGAAGAAGGAAGAUAAAGUAGAAAUAUCAAAUAUGGCAGAGAGAAGGGAAAAGGAAACCAACAAAAAAUAGUGUAGGGGGAGACUUAUAAGGGAAUAGGACUCGAAAAGUUUGUCGAUAUAUUCAGGUUGAGAUGAGAAGUACUACAAAUCCUCACAAGGGAAGCAAAAAGUGGUAUGAGAUACAGCAACAAAAAGGACAGAAAAGUUUAUAAUACCAAUGGAGAAAAUCAAUGAUAGGCUUGGCAAAGAUACAUCCUCAACUAGAGAUAAAUUAUAACGACAAUUACGGGGGUAAAAAAGAUACAUCUUCAAUCAGGACGAUGUGAAAUUGCAUCUGAAAUCUUACUAUUUACACCAAACAAAUGCUGGGAUUGUUGGAAAAAUGAAUGAAGAUUCAUAGUAUUU